CAAACAUCAGCAGCUCACAAUAGUCACGGCACUUUCAUCAACACCACGCUAUCAGAGAUCAACUGAAUUCCCGUGCUAACGAAGAUACAGAAAAAAGAUGCCUCCACGACACCUGACCCUUCCCUCGGCGCAGACUGCUUCGGCACGUGAAGCUCAAAAGUCUUUCUACUGCCAGCUCUGCUCCAAAGGCUACUCACGCAUGAAUGACUAUGAAGCCCAUCUCAGCAGCUAUGAUCACAGUCACAAGCAGCGCCUCAAAGACAUGAAGGCCAUGGUUCGUGACCCCACCGCGGGCUCUCGUGCGCGCAAGGCCGAGGCCAAAGCCGACGGUCUCAUCAGCAUCAAGCUCCCUGGCCAAGGGACUGCCACCGGCGGAGGAGGUUUCAAGAAAGGCGGCUUCAAGAAGAGUGGCUUCAAGAGUGCUUUCACCAAGGUUGAGGGUAGUGGACCUUCAGCAACGACGACUGAGAAACCCAAUCCGGCUAGUACACUCGAAUCAGCACCAGUCAAUCCAGGCCUCCAGAAGAAUCUGUCACCAGAAAGUGACACUGAAGACGAGGGCUAUGAAGUCUAUGACCCUCGGUUCCCCACAGACUGAGCUGCAUCGGACUCAUCUUAAUUUAUGAACAUCAAACCAAAAUUCUAUUUGCGAGUAUCUAUCCGGGUCCUAUCUAUCAUUCUAUUCUACAUGGGUGGCCACUGUACACCUCCGAUCUGCGAUAUAUCCUGUUCCAACAAUCCCAGCAAAUUUCGACUUCCAGACAUCCAGUCUGCCAUUUGGUUGACUUGGGCGUUCUCACCAAACUCUGCAUUUGGAUCACCUGCAUUGCCCAUGGACGAGUCUACAACAGGUAUGAGUCCGAGCUGGCUCAAAUACACGUCGAAUUCGUCAUUGAUCGGCACCAUUGCCUGGUCUUCCACUUGUUGAGACUUGGCUUCGACAUACAGGGCCGCGACGUUGCUCAUGAUAUUGCAUAGUCGCGACAGUUUUUGCAUUGUCUCGGACGCAUCACUGGUCUCCUCAAUGGACGCACUGAACUGCUUCAACAGUUGGAGAUCAUUUUGAGAAGAUGUCUCGAUGACAUAUCCGAACAGAACAAAGAAGGGAGCAAAGGGAGUCAGCACCAGGUUCCUAAAACAUUGUUAGAUUCACUCAGAAUCCAGGGAACUGCGACGAUGAACCUACCAAUGGACAUAUAUGGCUCUCGCGUGGGGGUCUUUCCGCACCAAAUCCAUGCACGCGAAAUGUGCGUGACAAGCCUUUCGUGCAGUGUCUAUACAGUCUUGACAGAACCUUGUGGGCGACCCUUCAGGAGCUGGAACUGCUCUGUAAAUGAGAGUCAUGGUUGACAGCAACUGCACUUCGUCACCCUUCAGGUGGACAUCGACGAGAGGGGAAGCACCAAUUUUCUCAAGUGAUGAGAUAGCCAUUUCUCGGCUCUGAAAUGACUCUGCCUCGACACGACGGCACUCAGCUGCCAGCAGACGGGCUCGUUCGGCGAGGACAGCUGGUGGUUGGCUUAAUGCUGCCGGACAGAACCUAGCUUCGUUAGCUUCGAGGACUCGGGAACAUAGAUGCAGACGAUAACACUUACAGUUGCUCAUAAACCUGACCCUGCAACGUUGCAGCAUUAAGCCACGUACCCGCCACAGCUUUAGUUUCAAGACUCAAGAUGCCAUCGAAGCCGAAAGUACGUGGAAUGGUGAUUUCCCAAUCCUGGAUUGCAGGGGCUCGGCCUAGUCGAAGUGCUAGUGCUUUGUCCGUGGUAUACGUGUACCAGAAAAGGAUCGCCUUGAUGUCAGUAUCCUCGGGGUUGCGCGUUGAGAGAUCCCUGCGGUGGAAACCAGCAGUCUGGCAGAUUUGGGCGGCGGCACAAUUGAGAUGCCAAGCCACAGAUGGUCUGCAGACGUCGAUGGUGUAUAAUGUCUAAUGCUUUUGUUAGUGCACAGCAUUUGCCUCGCCGAACUGACUUGUGCUUACACCCAUGAGGAGAGCCUGGACUGUUUCUAUCUUGGUCGACAUGAAGAGAGACAUGUUUGCCAGCGCUGUUUCCAGGUUGACGCGACUUGUGUAAAGGUGUGAUGCAAACUCAUCCUUCAGAGGUUUGUUGUCAACGGUUAAGUGGUGCUGUUCGAGAAACAAGUAAUAGAGACCAACGUUGACGAUGAUGAAGGUGGAAUCACUAAAGUCCUCUGUGGGAAAGUAGACCAUUCGACAAAGGUUGGAAAAGUCGUUUAUUCCAAUGAAGUAGCAGACAAACGUGAAGAGACCUGGCGGAGAAGCUAGACAAAAGUCAGCGAAUGGUUGCAAAGUUGAUGUGGUCACUGCUACCUCUAACUCUCUUGAGCAGGUUUACGACAAUAUCCAUAGGAGGCAUUGGCAGUUGGCCCAAGCCUCCCUUUGGGAUGGGCUGCUGGAGUGGAAAACGGGGACCAUGGCUGAUGGACUGCCGACUCUGAAGCUCGGCCAACUGUCUCAAGUUUGCGAGAGCUUCCCACAUCUUGGGACUGAUAUCGUUCAAUGAGGUGCGCUCGACGGCAUGCUCGAGAAGCUCGCUAGCAAGGGUGGUUUGCUGGGCAAUGACCGAAUCACCACCCAGAACAGACUCCUCAUCGGAACUGUCAAAGGCCGCUGUUGAUGCAGAGGCUGGAUCGAGACCCGGGAAGCCUGCAGGGGUGACAGGAAAAUGAAUGUUACUUCCUGGAGUGGAGACGGGGCGUUGGGAGAGAUCCCGGAGGAGGCUUUCUAUAUUGCCCAAGCGGACCUCAAUUUGGUCGAUCUUUCGUUCACUACGAGGCACGCAUGCCAGCGGUUAGUGGAUGAACUGCCUUAUCUGGUUGGUGAACGGCUAUCGGCGAAGCUGCAUGGAGGGAACAAAGCGGCACCAUGUGCAGAUACAGCGUCUGGGGUCACGAACUAUUGGGAUGAGAUGAGAACUCUCUGCCGGGGCUCUUUGGGUCUCUGACCAACGCCUGUGGAUGUACAGGAGCGCUUGGCCGUACGGCAGUUGGAGCAUGGCCAGUCUUUAUCGCAUCGGAUCUAUAUCAUGCAGGUGUUAUUAAUACCAUCAUCUAUGUUGGACAGCCUUUGUAUACAGAAACGUCCUGAUUAUGGGGUGUUUCUGGAGGCAUUCAUGGGUGAUGCUCACCUUUCUCGUACGACACUGAUCACACUGUGUUCGCAAGAGUUCUUGUCAGCCCUGACAUGCAAAAAGGAUCGUUACAUAACACAAGAUAUGGUUGAAGGGUGAAACUCGCAGCGGGCCGAUGCAGCUAACAAAGCCAUUCUGGCAGCACGGCACACCAUUUUCGCGGUUGAUCGCUUUGGGGAUGCCGUGUAAGCGAUACGUGAUACGCAAGCAGGGCAGGCCCAUAAUCUGAAUAAUGCCAACACUGGAAUUGGCUAAAUCGGAUAACAGGUACUUACCGCUCUCCGAGCAGAGUCAUCGGAAGCCGCGGGUCCGUUAUUUGCUUGCCCAGGAUCCAUAUUGAGUUGUUUGAUAAUAGGUAGAGAUAUGCGAUGCGGCAACCUCCUUUUGGGUAUUCACUUGCAGCCAAGGAAUUAAGGCUGCAGCACCAAGCUCAAGAUCAAUAAAGUGAUAAGUUUUUUUGUUCUGGUAAUCGGAGAAAGCGAUUAGGCUCUCAGAUAAGAUGACAACGUGUGUAUUCCGGUAAGUAUCGAGGAUGUGAAAGGGUGAAGGAGAGUAGAAGCGGGAGCCGCGGGGACCGAUUGGCGGCAGUUGAGGGCGCCGGACUGUGGCUUUGGCGUGUACAGAUUAGAGUAGCAAUGUGGCGCGCGUUCCGGAUCUGGUCAGCAUUGAGUGUGGCUGUUUUGUCGCUAACAAGACAUUAAUGACCUUGUCGUGGGUAGUUACAGAGUAACAAUUGGAGAAACAGGGACUAACUAGAAAUAACAACCAAUGAUAUGGUAGCAUUGAUGCUCUAUUGAGUUUUAACCAAUUGUC